CUAACCCGGAAGUACAUCCAGAGGACACAGGCGCUCCGGGGGGUGCUGUUUCCGGGGCCUUCUCUCCGCCUUCCUUCGCCACUCGCCGCCCUUCCUGACCCCCCCCACCCCCCCGGUCUCCUCUCCGCCCCCCUCCGUGCUCUCUGUCCCCCCCUUCGCUUCUACCUUCGCCGGGCGAUGCCGCUGCGGGCCUCCCAGGCCGCGGGGCCGGGGUCGCUGUGGCUGCUGCUGGCGCUGGCGGCCUGCGCCGCGCGGGCCUCCGAGAUCACCUUCGAGCUGCCGGACAACGCCAAGCAGUGCUUCUACGAGGAGAUCGCCCAGGGCACCAAGUGCACCCUCGAGUUCCAGGUGAUCACUGGAGGCCAUUAUGAUGUUGACUGUCGACUGGAAGACCCCGAUGGCAUUGUGUUGUAUAAGGAGAUGAAGAAGCAGUAUGAUAGCUUCACAUUUACUGCAUCCAGAAAUGGAACAUACAAAUUCUGCUUCAGCAACGAAUUCUCCACUUUCACACACAAAACUGUGUACUUCGAUUUCCAGGUUGGAGAAGAUCCACCACUGUUUCCUAGUGAGAACAGGGUAACUGCACUCACCCAGAUGGAGUCUGCGUGUGUUUCAAUUCAUGAAGCUCUGAAGUCUGUCAUCGAUUACCAGACUCACUUCCGCCUGAGAGAAGCCCAGGGCCGCAGCAGAGCAGAGGAUUUAAACACGAGGGUGGCUUACUGGUCCAUUGGGGAAGCAGUCAUUCUUCUUGUUGUUAGUAUUGGGCAGGUAUUUCUCCUCAAAAGCUUCUUCUCAGAUAAAAGAACCACAACAACCCGUGUUGGAUCAUAACUGUUAGUGGUCGUGCUUUAGGUCAUUGUGUGCUACUCAUCUAUAAAAAUUACUGUUCUCUGGUUAAUUGCAGGUACAAAAGAUCUGAAUAUAUGCAACGUUCAAAUGUGUCUACCCCUUAUCCCUUAAAAAGUCACCAAGUACUUGCAAAGCAUUCUGAAAGGGACACAUGAUUUGAAGUAUUGUGAAAAUACUUCGGAACUUAAGUUUUUUCUUUUUCUCUGUAUUAAAUAUCUGGCAGUGACCAGCCUCCCUUCAUUUCUACUGAUACUAAUCCAAACUGAGUUUUAUUUUUACCAGUGAGAUUAGCCACUUGCAGUGCAACCCUUUAAAAUAAACCAACAGCCUAGUGUCUGACAUGAGAGCCAGUGUAUAUGAAAAUUUGAUUUGAUUUUUAUUUUCAGGCUAAAUGAAUCAGAUUACGGAAAGGCAAGUGUGUGAACUGUAGUGCACUGUAAUUGAUUUGCUGUUAAAAAACAAUCCAGUGAUGCCCUUUCCUUAUUUGUAAAAUGGUUGCAAGCCUGGCACCACAUCAUGGUGCAAAUUCUCCAUCGGUUGCUACAUUUUAUACUUGAGUAUGCUUGCUUAAACAUUGCUCUAAGUUAAAGUAAAUGCAUUUGUCUUCUACAAAUAUUUGUUUUGCUAAACAGAUGGUAAGAUGAGACUACUCAGGAAAUCUACUUUCUGUAUUCGAAAACCUUAAUCCCCAAGUUUAUGUUAAAAGCAUGCAAUAAAAUAGGGCAUCUUGCAACUUUGUCACUGAAACUGUACAGUUUGUGUAUCCAUAGGUGCUGCUGCUGCUGCUUGGGUUUAAGGUCAGAAGUACCUUGUUUGUUGAUCAAGCACAGCACCAGCUCUGGACACAGUUCUGUUAUAUGUUGGUCAUAUUCAGAGCUACUAAAUUGUUUUCCUAUGAAGAGGCCAAUCUGAUACUGAUACUGCAUUGCACAAGUGCUGUAGAUUUUACUUUCCUUUGUGUGGUACACUGAUACUUGAUGGCGUUGUGCAUCUAAUUGCCACUCUUUUUUCUUUUCUUUUUUUUCCUAGUGGUCAGGAAAUGUUUUAAAUAUUUCAGGUUAUUUUCUUUUUUUUGGUAGAGUUCUUGUUUCCAGUGCUUAUGUAGCUUAUGUUCUUGUUUAUUUGGAUGUGGAAGGUAGUAACUGUGUGUACCUACAAGGAGCUUGAAUUGAGCUGGUCAUGAUAAGGAUAUACUCCUUUAGAUGGCUCUAGAGGAAUAAGUAGACUGACCAGUUUAUUAGUGCACACAAGACAAAAUAAGGCAAAAAACUUUGUCAUUUAUAACUGAAUAAUUCAAAAGAUACUUCUUAAACAAGUUCUUACCUAGCAGAGAAAGAAUGCUAAACCUUUAUUAUUUGCCUGUUUAAUUUCUAGCAGAAAUUUGGUAAUACAUGUACAGUUGAUGCUGUAACAGUCUGAAGAAUUGAUAUAAGUUGACUUGAUUUUAAAAUCUUGUUAUGGCUGAAAAAUACAAGCAGAAGUGCACCUACUGUCUGCUGUGAACUGACUGCCCUUUUGGAAACUUAAGAAAAACCUCAAACAGUUAAAAAAUUAUUUAAAAGGUAAUAAGGUUAUUAAAAACCUUAAUGUAUCCAGAAAUCCAGAAUUAUAUGUAAUUUUUUCUAUGCAGAAUUCUAGAUACUGUAGUCCCAUUUUGGGAUGCAUAUUUCCCAGAAAUAGUCUCAAAGAUCAGAAGACAAACGAAAAAAAAGUGCUUGCUUCUUAUGAUACAGAUCUGCCUGCACACAAUAUUCUUGAUGUUACCUAAAUACUUUUCUUUUGUGUCAGCCACUAAUAUUUAGUAUUUUGUGCUGCACUGCACACAGUAAUGAAGCAGGUAGUACAUUUGGUGCAAGUGUCAGAUGAAAAUGCAUUUCAUUUUUUUUAAAGUCCACUCUUCUUUUCUGGAGUUUGCAUAUCACUUUCAUGGCUUUAAUCACAACAAAAACAUGAAACUUGUAGGACUUUUUCCCAGAGUUCUGUGUGCUGUCAAAAUGGUAAACAAUUGGAUAAAACAAAUAAUGGGCAGCCAUCAGACACCUCUCUUUAUUCUUUCAUGUCUGAAUGUGUGAAGUGGACUCUUCUGCUCUGUAUUACUCCCACUGCUUAGUGGACUUGACUUUUGCAUUGAAGUUGGGUAUCCAAACCCUCUGGUAACCUGCUGCAUAAUGUGCAGUAAUAGCUUAAAAAUGCCUUUUAUUUUUGUGUUAUUAGAAAUGUGGCACAAAUACACGUUUAAACAUAGCUGUACAUAGUUUUUAAAAUAAGUGAGUGGAUAGGAUAUAAUAAAACACAUGCUAACAUGCAGUGUAUGAAGAAAUGCGUUAUGACUUUUGGUUAAAGCUGCAUCUUUUUAAUAUAUGAAAAGAACAGUUUUGUUAAUGGUGUGACACACAAGUAAAUGACCUGCAUUAAAGGGGAUAUAACUGUUUUUAAUUGCUAAAGGCCUUGGGUUUCAGCUAUUCCGUGGAUGUUUUUAUGUUUACAGAACUCCUUUUCAUGUCCUGAAAUGUCAGUUCUUGUUUUAGUUGGUGGGGAAAAAAAUAGUUUGAAUAAGACAAAAAGCAGACCCUGUGAAUAUUGUAUGGGAAAAUAAAAAAAA